AUGCGGCGAAUCGACAUAUCCACCUCCGGUGCAAUCCUCGCCUCUCUACUGGCAAUCGUUCCCAGCCCGGCAUCUGCCUUCUACUUCCCAGGCGUUGCGCCGACUUCGUAUAAAAAUGGUGACGCGGUGCCUUUGCAUGUGAACCAUCUCACUCCCGCGGACUCGCAAAACGAUCCCAAGCUUCGCUCCGUGUUUUCGUUCGAUUACUACCACCCCCCGUUCCACUUCUGCAAACCGAAAGAUGGACCGCAAUACAUUAGGGAGAGCCUUGGCAGCAUCCUCUUCGGCGAUCGGAUACAGACGAGUCCCUUCGAUCUCAGGAUGGGUAUAAACGAGACGUGCAAGGCUUUGUGUCCCGAGGAGACCUUCUCGCCGCAAGACGCCGUCUUUGUUAAUCAGAGAAUCUACCAGGGCUACGACCUCAAUUGGCUGGUGGACGGACUGCCGGCGGCGCAAGUCUUCGUGGAGAAGGAUUCGGACGAACCAUUCUACAGCCCCGGCUUCGCAUUGGGAACGGUCGACGGCGAGGAGCCAAACUUCAAUAACCACUACGACAUUUACGUCGAUUUCCACAAGGCUGGCCCUGACCAAUUCCGUGUAGUCGGCGUCUUGGUCGUGCCGUUCUCCUUGAAGGAAUCGCGAUUCAUCGAGGAAGGACGAGCGGAAUGCGGCGACACCGCUGCGGCCGUAGCACUGGAUGAGAAUGCGGAGACCAAGGUUACGUUCACCUACAGCGUCUAUUGGCGGGAGAACUCCACGCCUUUUGCAACCCGAUGGGACAAAUAUCUGCAUGUCUAUGACCCCAAGAUCCAUUGGUUCUCGCUCGUCAACUCUGCCGUCAUUGUGGUCUUCCUGAUCGGAAUGGUGAGCACUAUUCUCGUGCGCACGCUGAAGAAGGACAUUGCACGGUACAACCGUCUCGACCAGCUUGCCCUGGACGAUUUCGGCGAGACCGGCGGCGCUGGCGACGACAUUCAGGAGGAUUCGGGCUGGAAGCUCGUCCAUGGUGACGUCUUCCGUACCCCAAAGAACCCUCUUCUCCUUUCCGUCCUGAUUGGCAACGGCGCACAGCUGUUCAUGAUGGCGGGUCUGACCAUCGCAUUCGCCCUCCUCGGCUUCCUCUCGCCCAGCAACCGUGGAGCCCUGGGCACUGUUGUGAUCGUGUUCUACACCCUGUUCGGCUUCAUCGGCGGUUACGUCUCGUCCCGCGUCUACAAGUUCUUCAACGGUGAAUCCUGGAAGCUCUGCUUCUUCUACACUCCGUUCGCCCUCCCCGUCAUCGUCUUCGCGACCUUCUUCUUGCUGAAUCUGUUCGUCUGGGGCCGUGGCGCAUCCGGAGCUGUUCCGUUCACCACGAUGUUGAUCCUAGUCAUCAUCUGGUUCGUCAUCAGCGUGCCGCUCAGUCUGGCAGGUUCCUGGUUCGGAUUCAAGCAGCCCGUGAUUGAAGCACCAACUCGGACGAACCAGAUCCCGCGCCAGAUCCCUCCCGCAGUCGGCUACCUACGCCCAUUCCCAUCGAUGGCGCUCGCCGGAGUGCUCCCAUUCGGAGCCAUCUUCGUCGAGUUGUACUUCAUCCUCAAGUCAAUCUGGUUCUCGAAGGUGUACUACAUGUUUGGCUUCCUGUUCAUCUGCUACGGGCUUAUGAUCAUGACCAGCGCCGCCGUCACCGUCCUGAUGAUCUACUUCCUGCUCUGCGCUGAGAACUACCACUGGCAGUGGCGCAGCUUCUUCACCGCGGGUGCCAGCGCCUUCUACGUGUUCGCCAGUGCCUUGCUGUACUGGGCCAAGGACGUGAGCUUCGGCAGCUGGACUUCGGGCGUUCUGUAUCUGGGUUAUAGUUUGUUAUUGAGUUUGUUGUUCUUCGUUCUUACUGGCACUAUCGGAUUCUUCGCAAGCUGGAUGUUCGUCAUCAAGAUCUACCGAUCCAUCAAGGUGGAUUGA